AUGGAUCAGUAUUUGGAUGGAGGAAAUUUCAUUAAAUGCAUUGGAAUCUUAAAACACAAGUUAAAUGUUUUGAAACCAUCUGAAGUUACAUUUAUGUUGAUAGAUGUCAAGAGAUUUUAUGAAAUUAGGUCUUUAGAAAACUUUAUACAGAAAUUAAAGGAAACUCCUAGAGAAAUUCAGCAAGAAGAUGACCUCUCUCAGCUAUCUGAGGGUCAGUUGGCUGACCAGAGUUUGGCUACUUCUGGAGAUGAAACAGAAAUAACUGAGGAAUUAGAAACAGAAGAUCAAGAUAAUAGACAAGCAUUUGAUGCCACAGAAUCCAUAAUAACUGACAGUGAUGACUGUAUUGUUCCUAGCCCCGUGUCCAAGAAUGUUAAAGAGUCAGCAGAAAAAAUUCGGAUUGAGAUUAUAUCGCUGAGUCUCACUGAUUCCCGAGUUAUAAUGGAUGAAACAAUACAGCAACUGUUCGUAGAAUGCAGAUUAUACAGUUUUCCUGCAGAAGAGACUCCACACUCACUUCCCAAACCCAAAAAUGGACAGUGGGUUCACUAUAAUUAUUGUAAUGUGAUUCACGUGGAUAAAGUGAACAACCAUGCAAGGAGAGAAUUUCUAAAAUCUGUACUUCAAGAAUCAGAAUUGAAUGCUGGCAGCAUACGAUUUACAGUGGUUAGUGACCCACCAGAAGAUGAACAAGAUCUUGAGUGUGAAGACAUUGGCUUUGCUCACGUUAGUCUAAGGGAGAUAUUUCAGAAAGAAAAAGACAUCAUUGAACAAGAUAUUGAUGUUCUCGAUUCACAAGAUGAUAGUGCAGUAAUUGGAAAGCUCAAAGUAACAGUGGAAGCCCUCCAUGCUCUGCGCUCAGUCUAUGAGGAGCACAAAGAUGACUAGGAGGCAUGAAAGGAAAGUUUACCUACAGAUGCUGCUUCUCCGAGUGUAAACACAUGCUUGAUAGCUCUUCUAAGAUAAGAUUUUUGUAAUUAGUACAGUAUAUUUAAUGUAUAAUUUAUAUGAAACGGAUGCUUAUUUGUAGUUGUAAAGUUUUGUAUACUUUUCAGUCUGUUUUUAUAUUUCCCCCCUAAGGCUAAGAAUCUCUCCACAAUGGACAGCGUCUUGUAAAUAAUUAAUACCUACAUGAUUGAAUGAUGUGCUUUAUUUGCAUUUUCAACAUUUUUUCUUACAUAAAACAGUAAUAAAAAUGCAAGUUGAAUUUUUAAUUUUUAAUAAAAAAGCUUAAGCCUUGGAAAACUGAUUAAAAAUACUUUUAUGUUAUCCCUAAUCACCCCACUAAAUGGAAUGCCUGUGAUUAGCCUCAUUAAGGAUUUUAUACUGUGAAGAUUUUAUUAGAAGCAAUAUAUGAAAAUUACUUGGAUUAAUGUGUUAAUCUGCCUCUUUAAAAUGCUAAUAUCCAUUUUAUGCACAUUAAAUCUCAGUAUGUGUUUUCUUUGAUGCAUGCAGUUUCUAUCAAUUAAAUAUAAAGAAUGAGGCUAGUUGAAAGACUUAUUAAAUUACUGCAAGCUUUUUUUAAAUAACUUUUGCCCUUCUACUAACAUUAUAAGCAGUUGUUUAUGAUUAUCAUGAUUUGAAGGAGUGGGAGGGUGGACUCAGUUUCAUAUACAGUAAAAGAUUUACAGUUUUGACCAACAGCAAUCAAAGCACAGAAGAAAAAUAUAAAAGAAUCAAUCAGAUUCUGUUCCGCUUAGUUUGAGCUGUAGGGACAGGCAAAUGUUUUUUUAUCACUUUUUAAACUUACAUCAAACACAUACAAUGAUCCUUGUAUCUGGAUAACCAGUGGCUAGAAAGAAGCUUGGAAAGUUAAUUUUCUAGCUUUUAACCAAUCUCAAUGAAGGAUUUAAUUGAUAUUUUUAAUGGAGCUGUGAAUCAAUGCAGCAAAAGAAUUGUCUCUGGAGAACUAGGAUAUAAUGCAUUUCAUUUUUUAAUUUACUUUAUUUGUCAUUUUCUUCAAAGGAUUUUAUAAGCUGUGGGUUUUCACUAUUUGCAAACAGGCUAUGUUUCUUCAUAAGCAUAUGUAAAGUAUUCAGAGAGAUAAGUAAUUUAUUAAAAUCUACCUAAUUUGCCGUGAUAUAUUAAAUCUCUGCUUCAGUGAUCACAGACCAUUUCAUUUAAAGAAUUAGGCAUUCGUUCUUUGUGUGAUUAAAGCUCUGGAAAAUGAGUUCUUUGCUCCUAUUUGUGAACAUUCAGAGCCUGCUAAUGGCAAGAAGAUGGAAUAGAUUAUGAGACAAUUCAUUACAGUUCAACAAUAAAAAAAAAAGAAAGCAGCUAUAAUGCAAAAAUGCAAGUUUGAAUAUCUGCGUAUAGUUUGAACCAUCUGUGCUCUAAUAGUUUUAAUAAUGCCUCUUCAUCUUCAGGAAGCUUUGAAAUGACAUCCAUACAAUAUUAAUUUGUUGAUGUACAUUGUGAGGCCAACGGAAUAUAUUCUGACCAUAGAUAUCUCUAACUACUACCAUGAAUUGAUGGGUGCCACCAUUUUAGAGUCUACCAUCUCUGGGAGCAUUACUGCUCUCAUCCAGACUUUGUAAAUCCUCACAGUUCAAUCCUCUGGAGCAAUCUGGAGACCACAGGCGGCUGCAUUCCUAAACUCCUCCAUUCUUGUAAACAGCCAUAUGUGCCUAACACUUGGGCUGGCUCUUAAUUCAUAGUUUUGGAUGCUAUUUCUAGCUUUCUUUGGCACUGUGCAUCUGUAUUGUCAUUAAGUCAGUUAUUAUGUAUUAUAGUAAUUUAAAACAGCUAGAUUCAACACGGAGAUUAACCGAGUGGCUUUU